CCGGAAACUCCGACCAAGCCGACCAAAGCUUCCGGAAGCAAAUCGACGCCAUGCCGCUGGCCCUCACAAAGCUCCAGAGUGCAGUCUCCAAAGUGAACCAGGCCAAUGCGCUCAAGGCCCCAGCCGCACUGGAGGACUCUCCCACGAUCAAAGUAUGCGUGCGGGUCAGGCCCUUCAUCAAAGAAGAGGUGGAAGGCCAGCGCUCCGGCGGGGAGUGCAAGCUCUGCAUCGACAUGCAGACCGAGACGGGUCUCCGCAUCUUGAACAUGGAAGGCGACGCAGAGGAUGACGCGCGCGCCUUCGAAUUCGAUCGAUGCUACUGGUCCCACAGUCGAGACCACCCGCUUUUCGCCACCCAGGAAACCCUGCAGAAGGAGCUGGGCGAGACCAUGCUUGAGCACGCCAUGAACGGCUUCAACAACUGCAUCUUCGCCUAUGGCCAAACCGGGAGCGGGAAAUCCUACAGCGUCCUGGGGGGCAAAGGCGAAGAGCGAGGUCUCUUGCCCCGGGUGGUCGAAGGGCUCUUCGAUCACUUUGCCAAGCUGCCAGAGGGCGCGACCUACAAGACUUUGGUCGCUUUUAUGGAGAUUUACAACGAACAGAUCCGAGACUUGCUGGCCCCCGCCAACGACUCGGAGACCAAGAAGCUGGAGGUGAAGCAGCACCCGGUGCUGGGCACGAUUGUGCCAGGUCUCACCGAAGCGGCGGUAGCCUCCAGUCCGGAAGUCUUGGCCCUGGUGGACUACGGCAGCGCCAUGAGGCACGUCUCCGCCACUGCCAUGAACGCAACCAGCAGCAGGAGUCACUGCAUCUUCACCUUCAAGACAAACCUUACGGAGCCAGAGCAGCCAUCCAAGGUGUCCCAGACGCAUCUGGUGGACCUGGCCGGCUCAGAGCGUGCGGGUCGCACGAAGGCCACGGGCGACAGGCUCAAGGAGGGUGCGGCGAUCAACCAGAGCCUCUCAACCCUGGCGAGGGUCAUCUCGGAGCUCGCGAAGUCUGCCAAGUCCAAGAAGAAGCCCAACCCGCCGUUCCGAGAGUCCAAGCUCACCUACAUCCUGAAGGAGUCCUUGUGCGGCAACUCCAAAACUGUGAUGAUGGCAGCCAUCUCUCCGAACUUCCUGGACUACGACGAGACGCUGUCGACCCUCAAGUUUGCCCAGUCCGUGAAGCAAGUGCAGACCAAGGCAGUGCAGAAUGCGGUGAACAUGUCCAGCGUGGAGGCCCAGCUGCGCGCGGAGCUGAACGCGCUGAAGGCGCAGCUCCAAAGCUUCCAGGACCAAUCUGGUGGAUCACCGGCGGGCAUGUCUGAAGAGGAGAGCGUCUACUUGAAGAGGCGAGUAGAGGAGCAGGAGCAGCUCUGUGCGCUGCACGGCACCGACUGGCCGGGGCUGUUGGCGCUGGAGCAAAGCCGCAUGCAACGACGCACAGCGAUGCCAUCGGCUCAGGAUCUCGCCAAGCUGCAGGCAAUGGAGGAAAGAAGUGGAGAUGAGGAGAACGACGACGAGGAUGACGAUACCUUCACUUGCUCCUUGCUGGAGCUGGGCCGCUCGCAAGAAGGAAACCCGCCCGAGGGGCGGUCCUCCCUGCGAGCUCCCAUCCGCAGCCAGUUGCAGAUCGGCGGGCCGCUGGCAAGGGAGCUGAGCGCCAACGGGGACCAGCGUGGUAAGGCGGAGCAGCUGAAGAGGCAGCUGACGGAGCUGUCCGCCGUGGCGGUGGAGUGCGAGGAGGUGCUCAAUGAGGAUCAAGACGUGGACAGCGAAAUGUCCCUGAAGGUUUUGGUGGUCAUCGAUCCGCUGGAUGACAAAACCCUGGAGGCUGGCUUGGUGGUGCAAGCUGCUGCGUCCUCAUCCUUGCCUUCCUCCUGGGCGUGGCCUCGGCACCAGUCCGAGGGAGCUGGCAACAACGACUGGUGCUCUGGGAAGGAGCUGCAGCAAAGACUGAGUUGGUUGAAGGAGAACAGGUCGGUGCUGGCCAAGGGCCCCGCAGAGGCCUGGCUGGCGGCGUCCCAGGCCACAGGCAACCUGCAGAUCUCGCGGCUUCAGCGCGAGAAUGCGGAACUUGAGAGGAAGCUGGCAGAGAUGCAAGCGAGGCUAGCGAAUGGGAACUCGCCAAAGAGCCCUGGAGCGGAGAAGGAGAAUGAGCCAGCCAUGCUGCGUCAGCAGAAAGCGCGCGAGGCGGUCAAGACCAUCUCCGCCAGCUUCGAAACCGCCAUCAACGCCUUGGACGCCGCGCAGCAGGCCUUGGCUAAGCGGUGAGGCAAAGAAAACCGUCGGCCAGAUUCUCGAUGAUCAAGACGUCGCGAGCUUGAGAGAUCCGCGCAGGCGAGCUUAACAUCUUGGGAGAUGGGUGCCUCGCCUUCAUUGGAGUCGGUACCCCUUGUUUGGUGGUGUU